CAAUUGAGCAAUUGAGCAAUUGAGAUUUGAGCCCCAAAAAGGCCCAAAAUUUCGAGUGCCUCUCGCUUUCUUCUUCCUUCUUCUCCUCCUCCUUCGUCUUUCGUCGUAAUUUCGCAUUCGAUUUCGACCCCUUUUCGGCUUCGUGUCAAUUCGCACGUGCGGUAUAUAAUUUGGGGGCGACGGUGCGAACCGACUCUCUCUCUCUCUGUCUCUCUCAAACCCAAUCCCUAUUGGUCGCUCUUUCUCUCUUUAUCUCGCAUCGCCGAUUGUACUGGUCGUGCUUUAUUAAAGCCCUCUAUCAAUUUUGAUCUCCGAUCGCUUAUCUUUCAGUAUGGAAGGAGUUUAUUAUGGCUAAAGCAUGAGUUGGCAGUGCAGUUCUAAAGGUUUUGUUUUUAAGUUAUGCGGUACUUGCUAGUUACAGUCAGCGUGGUGAAGGAUAAAGGAGAUGAAUGUGCAGACACACACUUCAGGACCGAUAUCGGGGCAAGUGCCCAAUCAGGCAGGAUCUCAGAUGCCUGUGCUCUCCCAGCAUAAUGGAAAUGCCCUUGCUCCCCAAAUACAAAAUUUAGGUGGGCCUGCUCGUGUUAUGUCCAACAUGGAUCCUGAACUUCUCAGUGCACGCCAAAUUGUGCAGGAUAGAAUAUGCCAAAUUAUACGGCAGCGACAACUUCCCCAGCCAAUGAAUGAGAGGAGGUUUUGGGAGAUUGUUAAAAAAUUGGAUGAGGGUUUAUUGAAAACGCUCAGGACAAAGGACGACUAUAUGAACCCGGAAACGUUAGAGAGUCGUUUGCACAAUUUGAUUAAGCGACCCCCAAAUCAAAGCCAACAGUUUCAACAGGCUGUUAAUUCUUCCUCUCCUGCUGGUGUGAUGAUACCAACUCCUGGUAUGUCACACAGUGGGAAUUCAAAUAUGAUGGUUACUUCUUCUAUGGAUGCUUCUAUGAACACGACUAGAGGAAGUACUGGCAUAGCGCCUAUGACAGUCAACACAGGAAACUUGGUGCCCACUGGUGCCUUACAUGGCGGCUCGUUCAAUAGAUCUGAUGGUUCUAUAUCUAAUGGUUAUCAGCAGUCUCCUGCCAGUUUGUCCGUUGGUGCUGGAGGGAACACAUCAUCAAUGGGUGUGCAAAGAAUGGUUAGCCAAAUGAUUCCUACCCCUGGGUUUAAUAGCAGUAAGAACCAGUCUUACAUGAAUUUGGAUUCUUCUAAUAGUGGAGGUGGGUUCUGUACUGUUGAUUCUUUAAUGGUAACUCAACCACAACAGCAACAGCAGCAUAUUGGUGGUCAAAAUAGCCGUAUACUUCAUAGCCUUGGCAGCCAAAUAAAUACUGGAAUAAGGUCUGGCAUGCAGCAGAAGUCUUAUGGGUUGCCAAAUGGGGCUCUAAAUGGCGGGUUGGGAUUUGGAAACAGUUUACCAGUGGUUAAUGAGUCUGGCACUUCUGAGGGCUAUCUGACCUCAACACCCUAUGCUAACUCUUCCAAACCAUUACAACAGCACUUUGACCAACAUCAGCGGCCAGUAAUGCAAGGUGAUAGCUAUGGAAUGAGCAGUGCUGAUUCUUUUGGGCCUGGAAACUACUAUGGUGCUGCGACCUCUGUUGGGUCAAUGUUGAAUCCUCAGAAUUUGAAUUCAGUCAGUCGACACCCUGUGUCCAAGGCCAUCUCUCCCCUUGUAAAUAGUCAGUCAAAUAUGCAUGGUGCACAGCAAAGUGUUAAUGCGAAGCCUCAACAACCUGAUCAAUUGGAAAAGAUGAAUUUCCAAACUCCUCUAUCUUCAAGAGAGAAUAUUUUCCAUUCUCAUCAACAACAACAAUUUCAACAGCAACCUAAUCAGUAUCAACAGCAACCUAACCAGUAUCAACAACAACAGCAUUUAGGUCACCAACAACGUCAACAGAAGCAGCAAAAUCAGCAACCCCAGCAUUUGUUAAACAACGAUGCUUUUGGUCAUUCUCGGAUCACACCUGAUGUAAGUAGUCAAGCAAAUCGUGGUGUGGACCACCAUAGUGAAGUUAUGCACCAACAAGGUACAGAACAGUUCCAAUUAUCAGAGAUGCAUAACCAAUUCCAUCAGCACCCUGUUGAUGAUCGGUUGAGGAAUGCGCAGCAUAUCCCAUCCCGGCAACAUGGUAUCUCCUCUUCGUUGUCUCAAGCUUCUCAGCCGAUGCAACAGAUAUUGCAUCCUCACCAACUGGUUGCAGAGUCUCAAAAUGAUUUCAGCCCUCUUUCUGCUGGAGCUCAAGAUCAAUGGCAUCCUCAAUCACAAGAUGGGAGUCACAGACAGGUCAACAUGUCCCAUGAGCAGCAACUCCAGGAAGAUUUCCGUCAGAGGAUAUCUGGGAAAGAUGAAGCCCAUUGUAAUAAUUUGUCUUCAGAAGGACCAAUUGCUGUUCAAACAAUUUCAUCUAGAAGCACAUCUCGUCCCCCCAAUUCAUCUAGUGCUGUUUUUGGAUCUUCUAAUGGCAAUCAGGAGAAACAGUUCAAAAAUCAACAGAGAUGGCUUUUGUUCUUGCGCCAUGCUCGGUGUUGUUCAGCCCACGAAGGCAAAUGUCGCGAACGUAAUUGUGUAACUGUUCAACAAUUGUUAAAGCACAUGGUAACAUGCAAUUUACCUCAAUGCCCACAUCCUCGUUGUCAUGUUACCAAGAAAUUGGUUCAUCAUAACAAGACUUGCAAGGACCCAGCUUGCCCUGUUUGCCCGCCUGUCAGGAAUUAUCUGCUGAGACAUCCGAAUAAGGCACACAAUCAUCUAGUUUCUGAUUCUGGUUUGCAGAAUUCAAUAAAUGGAUCAUGUAAAGCCUAUGAUAGUGAAGACGCUUCAGCUAGAUUGGUUUUGAAGACAAAUCCGGCUGUUGAAACUUCUGAAGAUAUGCAACUUUCUAUAAAACGCAUGAAAAUAGAGCAGUCCUCUCAACCUGUUCUUUCUGAUAGUGUUAGUUCUGCAGUAAAAGUUUCUGCGAUUAUUGAACCCCAUGUGCCCCAGGAUAUACAGAUUCAGGAUUACCAACAUGGUGAGAUUUCUAUGCCAGUCAAGUCUGAGGUUGCAAAAGUGAAAAUGGAGGUUCCUUCAAGUUCUGGACAAGGGAGUGUUGAUGAGAUGAAGGAUAUUGUUGAGGAUAACUGCAAUCAAAGGCAUGAAGGUGAACCUGUCUCAUAUAAUGAGCCCGCUGGUUUAGCUAAGCAAGAAAACAUCAAACUUGAGAAUGAAACUUAUCCAGCUAAACAAGAAAAUGCUACGCAUACUGUGGAAAAUGCAGCUGGAACAAAGUCUGGGAAGCCUAAAAUAAAGGGGGUAUCAAUGACUGAACUGUUCACUCCAGAGCAGGUUAGGGCCCACAUUACAGGUCUCAGGCAGUGGGUUGGCCAGAGCAAGGCAAAGGCAGAGAAGAAUCAAGCAAUGGAGCAUUCAAUGAGUGAGAACUCCUGUCAGUUGUGUGCAGUUGAGAAGCUUACAUUUGAGCCACCGCCGAUAUAUUGCACACCUUGCGGUGUUCGUAUCAAGCGCAAUGCAAUGUACUAUACAAUGGGGGCUGGUGACACACGACAUUAUUUCUGUAUUCCAUGCUAUAAUGAGGCUCGUGGAGACAUGAUAGUUGUUGAUGGGACUAACAUUCCAAAGGCAAGGCUAGAGAAGAAGAAAAAUGACGAAGAGACCGAAGAGUGGUGGGUCCAAUGUGACAAAUGCGAAGCUUGGCAACAUCAAAUUUGUGCUUUGUUUAAUGGCCGAAGGAAUGAUGGUGGGCAAGCCGAAUACACUUGCCCUAAUUGUUAUAUACAAGAGGUUGAAGGGGGAGAGCGUAAACCUUUACCACAGAAUGCUGUUCUGGGGGCCAAAGAUUUGCCAAGGACAAUACUGAGUGACCACAUAGAGCAACGGUUAUUUAAGAAACUGAAGGUUGAAAGACAAGAGAGGGCGAGGCAGCAGGGAAAGAAUUAUGAUGAGGUUCCUGGGGCAGAAUCGCUUGUAAUCAGGGUUGUUUCAUCGGUUGACAAAAAAUUGGAAGUAAAGCAGCGGUUCCUUGAAAUUUUUCAGGAAGAAAAUUAUCCAACAGAGUUCCCAUAUAAAUCUAAGGUUGUAUUGUUGUUUCAGAAAAUUGAAGGUGUAGAAGUAUGCCUAUUUGGCAUGUAUGUUCAAGAAUUUGGAGCUGAAAGCCAGUUUCCAAAUCAGCGCCGUGUUUAUCUAUCGUACUUGGAUUCUGUUAAGUAUUUCAGGCCUGAGGUUAAAGCGGUCACGGGUGAGGCUCUCCGCACAUAUGUUUACCAUGAAAUUUUGAUUGGAUACCUUGAAUAUUGCAAGCUACGAGGGUUUACAAGCUGCUAUAUAUGGGCUUGUCCUCCGUUGAAGGGUGAAGAUUAUAUUCUAUAUUGUCAUCCGGAGAUUCAGAAAACACCAAAAUCUGAUAAGCUUCGUGAAUGGUAUUUGGCAAUGCUUAGGAAAGCUGCCAAGGAAGGCAUUGUUGUUGAACUCACUAAUCUAUAUGACCAUUUCUUUGUAACUACUGCUGAAUGCAAGGCCAAAGUCACUGCAGCUAGGUUGCCCUAUUUUGAUGGUGACUACUGGCCUGGUGCAGCCGAGGAUCUGAUUAAUCAGAUGCGUCAAGAAGAGGACGGGAGAAAACAGAAUAAGAAAGGAUCAACCAAAAAGACUAUAACAAAAAGGGCUCUAAAAGCUUCGGGUCAGACUGAUCUUUCUGCUAACGCGUCAAAGGAUCUGCUACUAAUGCACAAACUUGGAGAAACCAUUUCACCAAUGAAGGAGGAUUUCAUCAUGGUUCAUUUGCAGUACGCAUGCUCUCACUGUUGUAUACUAAUGGUAUCAGGAAACCGUUGGUCCUGCACUCAAUGCAGAAAUUUUCAGCUUUGUGAUAAGUGUUAUGAAGCAGAGCAAAAACGGGAAGAAAGAGACAGGCACCCUAUCAAUCUGAGGGAAAAACAUGAAUUGCGUACUUUUCAAAUUACUGAUGUACCUAUGGAGACAAAGGACAGAGAUGAAAUUCUUGAGAGUGAAUUCUUUGACACUAGACAGGCAUUUCUCAGUCUUUGUCAGGGGAAUCAUUAUCAGUAUGAUACUUUACGGCGGGCUAAACAUUCCUCUAUCAUGGUCCUUUACCAUCUUCAUAACCCAACUGCUCCUGCGUUUGUGACAACAUGCACUAUAUGUCAUCUUGACAUUGAAACAGGACAAGGUUGGCGUUGUGAAGUUUGCCCUGAAUACGAUGUGUGCAAUAACUGUUAUCAGAAGGAAGGCGGUGUAGAUCAUCAUCAUAAGUUGACAAAUCAUCCAUCCAUCGCUGAUCGCGAUGCACAAAACAAAGAAGCUAGGCAAAUGCGAGUUGUACAGCUUCGGAAAAUGCUUGAUCUUCUGGUGCAUGCAUCACAAUGUCGUUCUGCACAAUGUCAAUACCCCAAUUGCCGUAAGGUGAAGGGACUUUUCCGCCAUGGAAUUCAAUGCAAAGUCCGUGCAUCUGGAGGAUGUGUUCUCUGCAAGAAAAUGUGGUAUCUUCUUCAACUUCAUGCUCGAGCUUGCAAAAUAUCCGAGUGCCAUGUGCCGCGUUGCAGAGAUUUAAAGGAGCAUUUGAGGAGACUGCAGCAGCAGUCUGAUUCAAGAAGAAGAGCUGCUGUGAUGGAGAUGAUGAGACAGAGGGCUGCCGAGCUACACAACAGUUCUGGGUGACCAAAUUGUACAUAUAUAAACAGUUGCUUUGGAGAGGGGAAAAUACCGAAGGGGACAAUAGUUUUCUGCUGCUCAGCUACCACACUACUGGGAACCAGGUGGUGACAGCAAAAGCGGCGUUAGAUGGUUAAAAGGGGAUUGCAUUUUACAGUACAGCAUAUUGGUUUAUAAUUCACUUUUUCAGGGAACAAUUUUUUGGCUCUGAUCUUCACAACUGAACUCUCCCGAAGAGGGAGAAAGGUGAAGUUCGUCAACGAGCGCUUGCUUGCCUACCCUAUUCGACAGCUGCUAACCGUGCGCCCGUGCGAGUGAAGUAGAUACUGAUGCGUGUCUGAUUCGGGCUCGAUUUGGUGAUUCUUUGAUUUUAUCCUCCUGUAAACUGUCAAGUGGCUAGUGUAGUGUAAUCUUAACUAAAACGGUUUAUUACAAAUGAAUGUGGGAGGGGAGAUGGUUUCAGAUCCUAGCUUUUUGCCCCUUCCCUUCCUUUUGUUUAUGGAUCUUUCUUUUUGUACAUUUGUUUUCUUAUCAAUGGAAGGAUUUUAAGUUA